GCUUUUCAUUUCCGGUCCUGCGCGGUUUCUGGAGCGGAUUGGAACCCGGAGUCAGGAUUCACUGAAUGUGUAGACGUUUGGAAGACAGGUGUGAAAACUAGUAAACGCAUCUCUGAUGUGUCAGAAUGGCUGAACAGACACCAGAUGAGUUUGUUUGGUGUGAUGACUGCGGGCAGUACCAUGACUCUGAGUGUCCUGAGCUGGGACCCGUCGUCACUGUAAAGGACUCAUUUGUUCUGAGUCGGGCACGGUCAUCUUUACCAGAGAGCUUGAAGAUCAUGCUGACUAAUGAGGGAAGAGAGGGUGUGUUUGUGCUUCAUCGGCUGGUUAAGAGGACUCGAUUUGGCCCGUUUGAGGCCAAAAGGGUACCCAGUCUUCAAACCGAGGGGACAUUUCCUUUGAAGAUAUUUCAGAAGGACGGCUCAGUGGUGUGUUUUGACACCUCUAAUGAAGAUGACUGUAAUUGGAUGAUGUUGGUUCGACCUGCCACAGACCACACACACCAGAACCUGACUGCUUACCAGCAGGAUGAUGAUGUUUACUUCAAUACAUCACAGGAUGUGCUACCUGGAUCAGAGUUGAGAGUCUGGUAUGGAGCUUUUUAUGCCAAAAAAAUGGAUCGGCAAGUUCUUAGACCUCCUGUACUUCCACCUCCACCAGAAGUGGUUUCAAAUAAACCUGAGUUUAUUCAGCGGCCGCCACCAGCAGUUCUUUCAGAACUUCCUGUUCCAGAGCAGCUCAUCUGCCAGAUUCAGCCAGUUAAGAAGACUCCAGCUCCUAGCACAGACCCUUCUGUCCAGCAGGUGACAGAAACUGUACCCCUGGGCAACACCCCAAACAGUACCCCGACCCCACCAGAGCCAAACAAAAAACAAGUCAGGCCACGGCGAAAGAGAACUCAGAAACCUGCAUCAACCGAUGCCAAUCAAGAAGCCCCUGCUGAUGUGUCCGGUGAGGAGCCGCUCACUGCAGUCGCUUCAGAUCUUUCCCUGCCUGUGCUGGAUGUCCAAAAGCUCAUAAAUGAUGGGGAUGGCUCGUCACUCAAACCCCCAAGGGCGACACGCCCCCCUAUCUCUUCUGGAAAAUCUGGAUUGAAGAAACGGUCCCUGCGACAGGGCGGAGAUCAUAAACGUGUUUAUCAGUGCUGCCUCUGCAGUAAAGUGUUUCAAAACAGUAGCAACCUCAACCGACACGUCCGUUCUCACGGUGAUAAAUGUUUCAAGUGCGAUGAGUGUGACAAGAUGUUCAGUCGAAAGGAAAGUCUUAAACAGCAUAUUUCAUACAAACACAGCAAGAAUGAGUCUGACAAAGAGUACAAGUACAAAUGUUUAACUUGUGAAAAAUCCUUCCGAGUGGAAAAUGCCUUAAGAUUUCAUAACUGCAGGACAGAUGACAAAACGUUCCAAUGCGGGAUAUGUUCUAGAUUUUUCUCCACUAAUAGUAAUCUGUCCAAGCAUAAGAAGAAACAUGGAGAGAAACUCUAUGCAUGUGAGAUUUGCAAUAAGAUGUUCUACCGCAAAGACGUCAUGCAAGACCACCAGAGGCGGCACGCUGUUGGCUCAAAGAACAUGAAAAAGGAGGAGCUUGAAGCCAACGGGGACGAGGGAAGCAAGUACAGGAAGGAGCCUUCGGCAUGUCCCAUCUGUGGCAAGGUGUUUUCCUGUCGGAGUAACAUGAACAAACAUUUAUUGACCCACGGGGAUAAGAAAUACACCUGCGAGAUCUGUGGACGCAAGUUCUUCCGUGUGGACGUCCUGAGAGAUCACAUCCACGUACACUUUAAGGACAUCGCUUUAAUGGACGAUCAGGAGAGGCAGGACUUUAUUAGGAAGAUUGGCAUCUCUAUGGAGGAAAGCGACGACAGCUCUGAUGAAGAAGAUGAGAAGAACGAUCCAGAACAUCACAAAUAUAGCUGCAAGAAAUGUCAGGUGACAUUCGCAAAGGGUCGUGAUUACCUGAAACACAUCAUGGAAAUGCAUAAGGAAAAAGGUUAUAACUGCACCAUGUGUAAUCGCCGUUUCGCCCUGAAGGCCACGUACAACGCUCACCUGGUCAUCCACCGAGACCACCUGCCCGAUCCUGCAGUGCAAAAGUAUAUACAUCCAUGUGAAAUGUGUGGUCGAAUCUUCAACAGCAUCGGAAACCUGGACAGACACAAAAUCAUCCACACAGGUGUGAAAAGCCACUGCUGCGAUCAAUGUGGAAAGUCCUUUGCCAGAAAAGACAUGCUUAAAGAACAUCUGAGAGUCCAUGAUGAUGUCAGAGACUAUCUGUGUGCCGAGUGUGGCAAGGGUAUGAAGACAAAACAUGCCCUUAGACAUCAUAUGAAGCUGCACAAGGGAAUCAAAGAAUAUGAAUGUAAAGAAUGUAACCGCAAGUUUGCCCAGAAAGUCAACAUGCUGAAACAUUACAAAAGACACACAGGUACAAAAGAUUUCAUGUGCGAACUUUGCGGAAAGACAUUCAGCGAGAGAAAUACUAUGGAGACACACAAACUCAUUCAUACAGUGGGAAAGACGUUUUCUUGCUCUGUCUGUGACAAGAAAUACGUGACGCAGUACAUGCUACAGAAACACAUGCAGUUGACCCAUGAUAAGGUGGAGGCUCAGAGCUGUCACCUGUGUGGCACCAAGGUCUCCACACGCGCCUCCAUGAACCGCCACAUGCGCCGCAAACACCCUGAGAUUGUGACUGUACGAUUGGGUGAGUUUGAUGAUCUGCAGGAACCUUCAACAAUUGACGCAUCCACCAUCAGUAUCACACGGCCCCCUCUGACUCUGGAGAAAGGUUGUCUCACUACAGAAAAAACCCACAGAGACCCCAAUCCUGCUAAGAAGAGGCCGAAACUCCUCCCUCAAGAGCCUGAGCUGUCCGAUUCAGAUGCAGAGUACACAGAUUUUACCAGCAAAACCACUGAGUUCACGGCCACCGUAAGAGAUGAAACCAGUUCUGCUGUGCAGAGCAUUCAGCAGGUGGUUGUAUUGGCUGACCCCAAUGCCCCUCCAGCCCCCUCUCCCUCUAGUACAGUGAGUUUGACCAACAUCACGGUGACCCCCAUCACCACCCCUGCUCCUGCGCAGUUUAGCAAUCUACAGCCCGUCACCGUCAGCCAUCUAACCCCGAGCGAUCGACCUCUAACUUUGGAUAGCUCCAUACUCACUGUUACCUUUGAUACAGUCAGCGGUUCAGCCAUGCUGCACAACCGGCCGGCAGAUCUCCAGACUGAGGCGGUGGGUGCAGCAGGGGCGUCUGCCCAGCAGUCGGUUGCGCAUUUCAUCAACCUCACCACUUUCGUCAACCCCAUCUCCCACCAACUAGAACAACCCGCUCUAACCUGGAGGCCCGUCGCUUCGGCCGACGGAGCUCACGUCGCUGCCAUAGAUAACACGCAACCGGUCCCUGAGGUACCACAGGGACCUCCAGAACAGCCACAAACCAUUCCAGAACAAAGCCAUCAGAUCCAGCCGCAGGUCACUGGACCUGGCCAACAACAGCCAACUGCAGCACCACAGAUGUUUAGCUACUGAGAAAAUAAAUAUUUGACAAUUUAUAAUUAAUGUUCAGUUUCAGAAAAAAA